CAAAUUGUCAAUGUCAAGUGACAGUAAACGAAACGAACUGUUUGUGAGAAAUUAUUUCCAAUUCUAUAUUUUUAACAAAUUAAAGUUGGCAUACAUUGUAAUUUGUAUGCCACUUAUCAUUACUAUUAAUCGUAAACAGAUGACUUUUGGAAAAGAAGGCACACUCAACUGGAACACUUACAUUGAGGGCAAUGGACAUUUUAUAAUAAGAAACAUGACUGAAAAUAGAAAAAGGUCUCGAGAAGAAGACUCUUGUGAAUUCAUGCCUCUAUCAAAGAGGAUUAAUAACUUGCAUAUCAACAAUAACUUGACGAGUACGUCUUUAUCUCAGUCUUCAGACUCUAGUCAUAGUCAGAGCAGUGCCAUAGCAACUGAAAAUGGAAUUUCGUCUCCCAGUUCAUUGUCUGAUUCUGAAAGAAGGCCCAGUUACGACCCUGGGAUUAACUCAUCUGAGAGCAGAUAUUUCUAUGAGAAUAAGUUACUUUUCGAAUUGCAUUUAGAAAGGAUACAAAGAUCUGGACAACAAUUUCCUUUUUAGUUAACUUUAGAAUAAAUUUACCUACCUGUAUUGUUACGUCUAAUUUUAUUUAUAUCUACCUACUUUUUAAAACGAAAAUGUUAAUAAUUUGUGAAUGUUUCAGUUGAUUUGUGUAAUAAAUAAAAUAAAACCUAA